AGUACAGUCUCUCGGUACGUAUAUGGUAGAUGCACGAUGAAACAUUUCCAGCGGGUGGCAAGAGGGGAUUGCAGAGUGUCGUCAGUCGCCUGGAUCUCUCCACCUUGCUGACCACCAUGGACAUGGACUACUGCCCGGUGGUUCCGGCUGCCGAAGUCAAGGCAACCUUCCACAAGAAGAUUAGAGGGCAGAUAUGGAAAGUUAACUCGCUGCUGCUCAUUGAAGCUGUCCUGGCAGGAGUCAUGGUUGGAAUAGGCGCCUUCGGCCAGCGCUACCGCCGCCACCCCUUCACCCGCUUAAUCUUCCUCGGAGCCACCACGCUGUUCUUACCCAUCAUCUCCUCUGUCGUCUCCACCAUCGGCAGCGAGCCUAAUUUCGUCAUUAAUUUCUCACCAGAAUUUCCAUAUCAUCUGUCAGCGUUGGUUGCAACAUGCGAUGCAAGCAAUCACUCGUUCGUUCUAGUAAUGUGGGCAUUCCUUGUUCAGAUCGUCAUGAUCAAUACUACUGUAAUAGUCUCUGUUGACGAGAGGGAAGGCCAAAGCACAAGUCCGCCUUUGGAGCUGCUUGUCAAUGGAGGCUGGACCAUUUACCUUGGUGUCACCGCCUUCAAGGGUUUUCCCUGGAUCUCCAUUUGCCUGGGAUCUGUCACACCUUUUGCUCUCCUCGGUACCAAAAUAGUUGUCCAAUGGUAUGCCUCUAGAACUGCCCGGCGGUCCUUUUCACUCGGACGCAAUCCUGGACUUGUUUUUGUUUACAUGCAGCAACUACAAGCAGGAGAGGCGAGUCAAGAUGCUGCUGAACCACCGGUAUCUGUGGAUGUACCACCACUCUUGGUUAUGAGGGAAGACGAGAAAAAAGUGGAGGUGCAGCCUGGCGGGUAUGCAUUCAAGGAUGAUCAUUCUGGGACAACGUUGGUCAGCAAUAUUGAUCCUGUAACCCUUGACAGGAUCUGGCAGUUGGAUAGCGCCGCGCUUCCCAUCUCAACACCACCAAUAAAACAUUUAUGCCUGUCCUUUGCACUGUUCAAGUUGUUGCGGUGUCGAUUUGCAAGGUACCAUCUCACUAAUGCUGGCUCUAUGGGGACACUCAACUUUUUCCGGAGCUUGGUUCUGAAAGCCGAUGAGCAUGAUACGGUAUUUGGGGUGAUUGCGGAUGAGCUUUCUUUUGUUCAUGAUUAUUAUUAUUCAUCUCUCCCCAUCUCCUAUUCCAAGUAUUGGCUACCCGUCUUGUUUAUCUUCCUCUCGCUCUUGGAUAUAGGUUAUUGCAUCCUGUUUUUAGUGGCAAACACAAAUCACCUAAUUUUUUCCUCAAAGGAUCCGCAAAUUACCUGUUUCAUAUGGUGUACUGCUGAGGGACAAAUGGUAGGUCCACCGAUGGCAACGUUCAUUGGAAUGUUUUACUUCGACUUGGUGCCACUACUUUCGCUUCUUGUGUUAGCGGUGGCAGCUGAGGUCAGGGACAUGUCAUCUUACAUUUGCUCUAACUGGACCAAAGUUUCCCUUAUCUGCCGCUAUGUAAACCGCGCCUCUUUGCAGCAUUCAAUUUGCAUGCAGAGAUGGGUUAGUCUUCUGUUACGAUGCAGAUGCAAGCUUAUGAAGCACUGGGAUGAAAAAAUGAGCCAGUGCUCAGUACUGGUACUUCCACCAAGAACAAACCAACUACUUGUCAGGCGUCUCUUUCGUCUGCCAGACCGUGGGAGGAAUGUCAAGAUGCCAGCGGCCGUGAAGGUUUGCAUCUUCAAUGCACUGACAAGUGUCAUCAACGGAAGCUGCUUAUUAAGCAAUGGUGUAGAAUCUCUGCACAGAAGCCAAGUUGGUGAUAACUUCAUCUGGGCUUGCCAUGGCAAAGGUGCAUCUGAUAUCAUACUUGUAUGGCAUAUUGCCACAUGCAUCCUUGAAGUGAAGCAAUAUGAUCAGGAUUCCAAUUCUGAUCAUAAGAUCGCUGCCACUCACUUGUCACGGUACUGCGCAUACCUAGUGAACUGGUGUCCGGAGCUUCUUCCCGACAACAAAGAGUGGAGCAAGAGCCUGUACGAGGCAGUCAAGAAGGAUGUAAAGUGCGCGCUUGCUGAGCACCCUGCGUCAGGGUCGUCGACGCCGGAGGAUGAGCAUCGAAAGCUGGUCGAAUUGCUGCAAGCCAACUCCAAGCAUGAGCUGCUGAAGAAUGGGGUGAAGCUUGGAAUGCAGCUGGUGGACACAUUCAACGAUGAGGAGGCAAUGUGGAAGCUGCUGGCCGACUUCUGGUCGGAGCUGAUCCUGUACGUCGCGCCUUCGGACAACCUCGAAGGGCACAAGGAGGCCAUUGCCAGGGGUGGCGAGCUGAUAACGCUGCUAUGGGCAAUGCUCUUCCAUGCCGGGAUCGCCAGCAGGACAGGUGAGCACGACGGCGCUACUGCUACCUCCGGUAGCGCGGUUUAAUAUAAUGGAGUCUUCAUCUGUUUAUUCAGGCACGCUUAAUGUCUUACGUGGUUGGUUUUGUUGUAUCGUGUCAUCUCUGUUUGAGACUACUGAUUCCUCCUUGUUUUGGAUUCUUAAAAUUUGUGGUGGGGUGUGUGCACUUUGUUUCUGUAGUAUGUGUAUGUAGUUCAUUUAAGAUUCCGCUUUUCUGAAUGACGAUGUUGCGACUGUAUCUUCAUAAUCUGAGUCUCAGCUGUAAUAACAAGUAAUUUUUGA